AGGGAGAGGGAGAGGCUCGUGGACGUCCUGAGAUCGAUCGCCGGGAUCUAAAGGACUUGCUUAUUGCGGCGCUGCCAGAGGGGUGUAUUCGCUGGGGUAAAGGCGUUGCGUCUGUUACCCCGGUGUCGGGGACCUCGCGGUGGAUGUUGGAUUUUAUUGGUGGUAGGAAUGACGACGACGAGUCUGGGCCGUAUGAUCUCGUUCUCGGCGCGGAUGGAGCAUGGUCCCGCGUUCGGAAUUUGCUUACGGAUGUUAAGCCGCUGUACUCGGGUAUCACGUCACUCGAUGUAUGGAUUUCGGCUCAGGGGCUUGAGAAGAGACCUGAUGUCGCGGCGUUUAUUGGCAAGGGGACGUGUCUGAUCGCUAGCGAGGGCCGGUCGAUGGCGCUGCAGAGACAUAGUGAUGGAAGUGCACGGGUGUACGUGUUUGUUCAGACGAAUAAGGAAAUAGGUGGGGAGGUGCCGAGCGCGAAAGCCUUGCUGAGGCUUACCGAAGAAGUAGAGGAUGGGGAGGUAGAUUGGGCGGAUGAGAAAAUGAAAAGGCGAUUCCUAGACGCGCACUUCGGCGGCUGGACGAGAGAGCCUAUUGAUGUGGUCAUGGCUAUGACGGAACAGCCGAUUUUGCGUCCGCUAUAUAUGUUACCGGUUGGUCACAAAUGGGAGAGCCGUCCGGGGGUCUCGCUGCUGGGCGAUGCGGCGCAUCUCAUGACACCGUUUGCGGGUGCGGGUGUCAAUGUCGGGAUGAUGGACGCCUUGGAGCUAGCGGAGGGGAUCGUGGGAUAUGUUAAUGGGAAUGAGAAGGGGGCGGAUAAGCUAGCUUGGAUGUUGCGCAAGUAUGAAGAGGGUAUGUUUGAGCGUUCGAGUAAGGAUGCAGCGUCUACGGAGAAGAUGAUGGUUACGACUCAUGAAGAUGGCGGGAUGGAGAGGAUAAGGGAUAUUGUGACGGGUAAGGACGGAGAGUAAUGAAAUAAUCCAAGUGUAGUAGAUGUGAGGAACGCAGGCAAGCAAGUAGUUUGAUAUCCCUCGAUAUUUGUAGGUAGGUAAACAAUCUCAACUUUUA